UUCUUCUACCUUAGGUGUUUCAGACUUUCAGUCUUAAUAACUGUUUCACAGCACAUUCCCUCGGCGCGCCCGCGUUUGGACUUUGGAGUUGGGACUUGGGAUAGAAAACGAGGGAAACCAGCGAUUCCCUGAUGGAGCUCAAAGCCUUCCGACCAAUACACAGUCUGUGUUAAGUUUGAGGAAGAUGAGAUGACUCUGCAACAGUGGAAGGCCUUCAAUCUACGGGUCACAUUUCUCUCCAUCCCCAUACGGCAAUCGAUGUUCAUUGGUGAACUCGAUUGGUGGUGAAUUUGAGCUCAACAUACUUCUCAACUCACCAGAUUACCAAUCCUGAGGUCAGGGUUCUGGAGCCGGUGAGAUUUGCUGAUCUUUGUGUCUCAGACUCUCUGUUGGAACUAUUUUCAAGCAUCUAAGCUCUCUGAAGUUCUAUUACACGGAGACGCCUUCUCGACUGACUUCUGAGAUAUCCGAUGUUUUCACUCGUCUUCGAACUUGCUCCUGCUCGAACAACCAAUUUUGUACUAUAUUGAAUAUGGUUGACCAGAUGGUAACACUUAUGUGUCGUUGGGAUGGGAGGAUAAUAACUGGAUCACAGGGCCCAAAUUAUGAAGGUGGUAGACUAAAGGGUAUUAGGGUAAAAAAUACAACUAGUCAUUUGGAGUUGUUAGGUAAGAUGUAUGAGAUAACUGGCUAUGGCAAGGGGCAAUUUGAUAUUAAGAUGAUUUGCAGAUUUCCAGUGUCCAGAGGAUACAUAGCCUAUGAGAUAGAUGACGAUGACUCUACUGAGAUUAUGCUUGAAUUGGGUCGAAAACAGACUUUUGUUGGGGUGGAGCUGUACUUGGAGAAAUACCUUUUACACAUUGACAAUGAAAGGAGUGAUCCCCUGUCCACCAGGAUGCUCUCAAAGGAUACUGAAAGAUACAGUCUACCGUCACUUGGCAAUGCUGAUAACUUGGGAUCUCCAUCACUUGGCGGUUUGGGGACUGGAACGGAAGGUUGUCUUGGAUCCGGAAUAGGACUGGUUCAGUGUUCUUCCCAACAGUAUUUUGUGGGGGGAAGUGAUGAUGCCUUUGAUUGUCUUACAAUGGCAUAUGACGAGGAGGGGGAUGAAUGGUCCCAGGCCCAUGUUGUGAAUGUGGAUGAAGAGGCAACAGUGAAUUGUGAAUGGGAGACGGAGAAAAAUGCUUUAGUGUCAGAAAAAGUCGUCCAUGCCCAUGUUGCAAAUGGGGAGGGAGAUGAGAUUUUCCAUGCCCACGUUGCAAAUGAGGGAGAUGAGGGUUCGCAUGUCAACAUUGCAAAUGAGGGGAGAGAUGAGGAUUCCCAUGCACAUGUAUCUGAGGUGGAUGAGGGGGCGGCAGCAGAUUGUGAAUGGGAAAUGAAUGAAACUGAGGGAAAUGCCUUAGUGUCAAAAGCUAUUGUCCAUGCUGCAAAUGAAGAUGGAGAUGAGAUGGCCCAUGCCCAUGUUGCAGAUGUGGAUGAGACUAGGGGAAAUACCGUGGUGUCAGACGUAAUCGCCUAUGCCCAGGUUGCAAAUAAGGACAAAGAGGUGGGGCACUGCCAUCAUGUACAUGUGGACACAGAUGAGGAGGUGGUGGUGGAUUGUGAACAGGAAGUGAAUGGGACUGAAGUAAAUACUUCAAUGUCAGAAGCAAUUGCCCAUGCUCAGGCUGGGAAUGAGGAUGAGGAGGUGCCACAUGACCACCUUGCAAAUGAGUAUGUGGACAGGGAUAUGGAUCCUGUAGGGGAGAAACAUGAGAUUGAGGGGAAUGGCUCAUUAUCAGUAGUAGUUUCCACCAAUAACUUUGUUGAUGUUGAACAGGCACCUGCCAAUGAGUUCACGAACAACGACUGGGUGAAUGAUGCUGUAGCUAGUAACCAUGUACCAGGAUUUCCAGUUGUUCUAGAGAAUGUAGAAGCCAAUCUACAUGUAGGCCAAAUCUUUCAAACGAAGCAACAGUUACAACACGCUGUAAAAGAGUAUGCUAUUAGGGCACAUCGGGAGUACAUUGUUCUGGAGUCAACUCCAUCAUUGUUGGCCUUGAAGUGUAAGAAUGAAGGAUGUCCAUGGAGACUUCGUGCACCAUUGAAGAAGAGUGUUGGGUGUUUUAUGAUUACAAAAUACGCAGGGCCCCAUACUUGUGUCAACCCAAGUUCUGAGCAAGACCAUGCACAGUUAGAUGCAGAAUUUAUUUGCAGUAAAAUAUUGGGUAUGGUCAAAGAGCACUUGUCAAUCACACCAGCAGCAAUCAUGGCACAUAUGCAGCAGACUUACGAUUACAGUAUUUCAUAUAUGAAAGCAUGGAUUGCAAAACAGAGGGCACUUGAGAAGAUAUUUGGUGAUUGCAAAGAAUCUUAUGUUGAGGCAGAUUUAGAGCUUCCUACUGUAUCAAUUGGGACGUCCUUCUCUGAUGAGGUGGUUCCAACAAUAGUCGCUUUACCUGAUCCACUUCAGCCAUUUGAUGCCACUGAGGGAUUAUCACAGCUUACGCAACUCACUGAAGAUGAGCAUGAUACAGUUAUUGAUCCUCCUUGCCAGGAAAAGAGGAAGGCUGCCAAGAGAAAGAGGAGGUAGCAACAUUAAAUGUCAACUAUGACAGUUCUUGCAUGAUUGAGUGAGAAAGCUUCAGGUAUGAUUCAGAACUGAUGUGUGAUCAAAUGAUAUACAUCCUUUGGGUAUUGUCCAUAUGAUGAUGCACCGUUGACUUUCUAAAAUAUAAAGCAGUCCUUUUUGUCACCACUCCAUUAUUUUGAUAGUCAUGUAUUCAAAUCUUCACCUAAUAACUACACAUUAAUUAACUAUCUAGCUUCCAUUUUAA